AUGAGCUGCAAAUAGAGACAAUCUACAAACCCUUCAAAUGUGCUCACAUCAAAGCAUGCAACGUUCAUUUUGUAAUUGUUAAACAGAGUUACUCGCGUAAAAACACAACAACUGCACUGGAAAAGGUUCGUCCGUAAAAUUCUUCACCAUCUUCACCAUGGACGAAGCUUCCGACGAGAAUUUGCAGCAAUUUUCGAUAUCCAGUGACUUCUUCCUGCAGUACAUCGAUUGUUCCCAGCUGCAGUCAGCGUUUACGCCUCUGCGCAAAAGCGUCCGGUCUGCCCUUUGGCCACUGAUGGAGCGUAAAAUCAAGGGACGCGAAAACACCGACCUUCAGGUGCACAUUGAAGAUACGCUAAUCCACUGUCAUCUGUUACCGCUGCAGUGCUUCAGCGAAUACUUCGAGCAGGAGGUGCGUCCAGGCCAGCCAGUGGUGGAACUCCCGGCGCAUCAAGUACCACCGGCCGCGUUCCAAAUAGUGUACGAUUGGAUCUUGGACCCAAACCGGCAGCUUGAGUGGGAACACUUCGUUAGCGUUCUGUCUGCGGCCGAAUUUCUGCGCAUUCCUGCGCUGGUCGAACGUUGCUGGCAGCAUUUGGACAAUCCUAAGGUGGUGGAAAAUGUGGCAUUCUUUGUGUUUCUGCAGGCGCGUAAGUUUCGCAGCGUCCAGCUGCAACCGAUGAUGCUGCGCCGGAUCUGUCGCUUCUUCCUGAGCCUCGUCAGCACGCCCGAGUUUUGUGAACUUUCGCUGGAGGAACUAUCGGUGUUGCUGGCGUCCAACAUUGUUGGAGUGUUCGACGAAACGGAUGUGCUGUACGCCGCAUGCCACUGGUUGCUGUACGAUUGGGGUGAACGGCAGUACGCGAUCGAGAGUGUAAUGAAGUUGGUGCGCUUCGAACGGAUGCGGGCAGGCGAUCUGGCCCGAUUCUGCGUCUUCCAGGAGUGUGCCGAACUGCAGCCAAUUCUGCGACAUACCGCUACGAAGCAGCUGGUUGAUAGGGCACUUGCAUCUAUCUGCUCACACCGGCAGGCUGUCAACAGCAAGCAGACAUCCGCGGCAGAUGGAGGAAGCGGCUGGUUGGUAGAACAUAGUGUGCCGAUGGAACGUGUCCGACUGGUUCCAGACACGACAGAAACGCUCGCAUUUGUUGCCGGUGAUACAAGCUACGAUGGAUUCAACGAGUUCCUACACGUCCUGUGCACCAAACCCAACAUCUGGCAAACAUUCCGACUCUCCGAGGAUAAUGUGAGCCUGCUGGAGGAUAUGUUCGGAGAAUGUACCGUGACAGACUAAGGAAGCUCUCGUGAGGCUGAGCUCUCGGAUAAAAAAAAACAUCACGGUGGUGUCUAAAUUGUGCGUGACUCUCAGGAAGAAUUUGUUUGUUUGUUGAUUUAAUUAUAUUUUGUAUAAUGUACUGCUAUUAUUCAAAACAAGGAAAUAUAUAUCAUACGAUAUUAUUAAAUCGCUGA